AUGGGCCAGCAACAAAGUCAAGAACAUACGGAACAAGACUCUUCGGAACUCUUGAGCAUCGAUCAACAGAUUCAGCGAUUGCGCCAAGACCUUUUGGAUUUGAAGCAAGAAGGUCAAACGAACAAACAAAGAUGCAGAGAAGAAUUGAAACGAUCUGGGUCAGAGCUCAACGAUUCUUUGAGGAGAUUCCACGCAUGUGAUCGAGAGGCCACAUCACUUUUGCAUUUUGGUCAGUACUUGGAGAUCAUCAAGAAACAAAAAGAAGAAGAACCAACCGAAGAUCAAGAGCAGGAACAACAAGAAAAACAGUCAAGACAACCAGGAAAAGUACGAGCUCGAUCAUGUCCUUCCGCAGCUGCUACCCAAUCCAAUACCCCUGCAAGCAACAAGAAUGUCGACACGAGAGUGCCAUCUGUUGGUACCCCGCCUACUGCCCUUUCCAAAUCAAGUCUCUCCAUGGUCACCAAUCAGGUGCUUAUUGACAUUGUUAGAAUCUUUCAAGCGCACCUGUUGCGAAAACUCCACAUGGGGUUGAUGUGGGAGAAACAGUCCGAAAAGCAUGCCAAGGGGUGGAACAAGAUCGUUCUUCUUUACUACAAUCGAGCUCAAGAAGACAACACCAAGAUUUUGGGGAAGGAGGGAUCCUUUACGAGGGCUAGCCGGCGUGUCUCAAAAGCAUUGCAACAAGGCAAGGCAUAUCAACAAGAAAAGCUUGACUUGACCAAUAGAAUACUGACUCUACAACAAGAGAUACUGGAAAGACUCCGAGCUGCCAUGCCAAGGAGAUCGUCCAUCAAGGACAUGCGCAAAACCAAGCGGGAAUUGGAAAUGCUUCGAUAUUCCAUUUCUCCUUAUCCAGCAACAGCACAAGAUAAAAAGCUUCUAUUGGCGAACAAUGACAAUGUCAAUGUCACUACGAUUAUUCAAAUGAUGCCAUCCCUCACAGAUGAUGAUGAUGACGAUGAACAUUUUGAAGAAUCCAAGGAAGACCGAGAAGAUUCACCGGAAUUGUUCGACAAACGCAAUGCUCCGAUGCGUCGUCGAUCUUCCAUUGAGGAUAUCAAGGCAAGGAACCGAGAAUUGGAACUAAGGCGGACUAGCUCUGCAUCUCCAACAAACGAAGAUCCUACAAUUGUUGCCAUUUGA